UUCUUAUUAUGGUAACACUGUUCGUCUCCUCAUCUUAAAACUUGAAACGUUGGAACUUCCGUUUCACUCUCCAACGUUGCUUAGCUGAGUCCUUAAAUUCCUAUAAGGUAUCCCUAUACACUUCAAGAUGGGUAGGGAGGACAAAGCUACAUGGAAAUCCAAUUACUUUACUAAACUUGUCCAACUAUUAGACGAUUACCCAAAAUGCUUCAUUGUGGGUGCGGACAAUGUUGGCUCAAAGCAAAUGCAACAAAUUCGUAUGUCACUGCGUGGCAAUGCAGUUGUAUUAAUGGGCAAGAACACCAUGAUGAGAAAAGCAAUCCGUGGCCAUAUUGAACGUAACGCAGCACUGGAGAAAUUGCUGCCUCAUAUUCGUGGCAAUGUUGGAUUCGUUUUUACUCGAGGUGACUUGAUUGAAGUAAGGGAUAAAUUGCUGGAGAAUAAAGUACGUGCCCCUGCAAGAGCAGGUGCCAUUGCACCCUUGAGCGUCAUUAUUCCGGCGCAAAAUACAGGACUUGGUCCUGAAAAAACGUCUUUCUUCCAAGCUUUAAGUAUUCCGACUAAGAUCUCCAAAGGUACUAUUGAAAUUAUAAACGACGUUCACAUUCUCAAACCUGGUGACAAAGUAGGAGCUUCCGAAGCCACGCUCUUAAACAUGCUGAAUAUCUCUCCAUUUUCAUAUGGAUUAUUAGUCGAGCAGGUAUAUGAUUCCGGCACUAUCUUCGCUCCUGAAAUUCUAGACAUCAAGCCUGAAGACCUUCGUGAGAAGUUCAUGGCUGGCGUUGCAAACUUGGCUUCAGUUUGCUUGGCGAUUGGUUAUCCCACGGUUGCUAGCGCGCCACAUAGCAUUGCGAACGGUUUCAAAAAUCUACUGGCCAUCGCCGCUGUUACUGAAGUUGAAUUUGCAGAGGCUGCCACUAUCAAAGAAUACAUCAAGGAUCCAAGCAAAUUUGCUGCCGCUGCCGCUGCGACAGCUCCUGUAGCCGCGGCUGCUGACACUCCUGCUGCAGAAAAGAAAGAAGAGAAAAAGGAAGAAUCCGAAUCCGAGGACGAUGAUAUGGGUUUCGGAUUGUUUGACUAAAACGCACAACCUGAAAUAAACCUUAAACAAGAAUAUGUCCAAAUUUUGGAUCAAUUUUAUAAAUUCUGAUUUCUCAGAAAAUAAAACUCAAUUGAAAUGAUUCCAAA